AUGUUGUUCCGCACCGCCUCUCUUGUUGCUUUUACCGUAUUCUGCCUUGCCCGAACGGGAAGCUGCGAUUCUGACACCGACGACGGCUUCCAGAAGCCGUCGGAUGAGGUCUCAACUGAAGGUCUCAAAGUCGACAGUAACCAGGUAAUGGCGUACUGCUUCUGGAACAAGCCGACGGAGAAUGUUCCCUUCGCCUGUUUUACGCUCAAGGGAGAUAUUCGCCAGCGCAUGCGCAGUCCGCAGAAUCUCAAGGGCUACAUUUCCCCCGGUGGCGAAACGUUCGUGGUGUUGGCCCAGGCGGGUGGACAGUCGUUCACCACCGAGGUCAACAGGGUCACCAUACAAUCUUACGAUGCUCAGCCCAACUGUCUCCUCAUUGGGGUCGAAGAGCAGCCUCAAGGGGGCGAUGGGGAGUUUGGCUUGACCCGCCAUUCCGGUCGCGAUCGCGUGGUCUGCCCCGGCCAAUCGGCCACUCACCUUGACGACGCCCCCUGA